ACGGACGUCCAUACGUAAUGUGUGCGCAUAUCUAUAAGUUAGCUGUUUGUAAAAACUGGUUUCAUAAGUGCGGGAAGGCCAGUUUAUGUUUGUUAUGUUCAAGUUGACGGAUGUUCGUUUGACGGUUUCCGUGUACUUAUAAGGAGGAAUUCGUACUUGUUACACAAAUUUUAAGUGCGCGAUUUUAGAAAAAUGGCCGAAGAAAUAAAUUACGGAUAUUCGGGAAUAAACAUUACCAGUAAUGCUACGCCACAUAAGAUCAAAGGUCACACGAGAGUUCCUUCCACUGAUUUGAGAGAAUUUAAAGAAGUCACCCAAAGAGAUUCUCUUGUUCAAUUAGAAAAAGAAAUCGAAACUUUGCUGUCUACCGUACCACAAGAUAAAAAAGAUUUAGCUAAAUCUCAGUUUAAUGCAUUUACACGAUUAUUUCAACGGUUUUUAGAAGAAUCUGGACCUUCUGUUGAUUGGGAUCGUAUUGAAAAAUUACCUGCUGAUGCAAUUCGAGAUUAUGAGACACUCCCUAAACCAAGCACUGAUGACAUUAAAAAGAAGCUGGAUAAACUUGUUGUAGUUAAGUUAAAUGGUGGUCUUGGAACGUCCAUGGGAUGUCGUGGACCCAAAUCGAUAAUACAAGUUAGAAAUGAUCUUACAUUUCUAGAUUUAACAGUUCAGCAAAUCGAGCAUUUAAAUAAAAAGUAUAGUGUAAAUGUACCUUUGGUUUUAAUGAACUCUUUUAACACUGAUAAAGAUACUGAAAAAAUUAUUCGUAAAUAUAAAGGACUUCAAGUAGAAAUCUAUACAUUUAACCAAAGUUGUUUUCCAAGGAUUUCUAAAGAAUCAUUACAUCCAAUUGCUCACAACUGUAAUAUUGAAGAAAACAUUGAAUCAUGGUAUCCACCUGGUCAUGGUGAUUUCUAUGACAGCUUUAAAAAUUCAGGAUUAUUACAGAAGUUUAUCAAUAGCGGGAGAGAUUAUUGUUUUAUCUCCAAUAUUGAUAAUUUGGGUGCAACUGUUGAUCUGAAUAUUUUAAACAUGUUAUUAAGCAAAGAUAUUAACUCUCCAGAGUUUGUGAUGGAAGUAACAAAUAAGACAAAAGCUGAUGUUAAAGGUGGUACACUAAUUCAAUAUGAAAACAAGUUGAGACUUUUAGAAAUUGCUCAAGUACCAAAAGAACAUCUUGAAGAAUUUAAAUCUGUAAAAAAGUUCAAGUUUUUCAAUACUAACAACUUGUGGAUAAAAUUAAGUGCUAUAGAUAAAGUUUUAAAUGAACAAAGCAUGAAUUUAGAAAUAAUUGUUAAUAACAAAACUUUAGAUAAUAAUUUAAAUAUAAUUCAACUUGAAACGGCUGUAGGAGCUGCAAUGAAAUCAUUCAAUGGUGGGCUUGGUAUUAAUGUUCCUCGAAGUCGAUUCUUACCAGUAAAGAAAACAUCAGAUCUUAUGUUAGUCAUGAGUAAUUUGUACCACAUGCGUAAUGGUACACUGUCCAUGAGUCCUUUAAGAAUGUUUCCAACCACUCCAUUAGUGAAACUCGGUGAUAAAGAUUUUGCUAAGGUGAAAGAUUUCUUGUCACGAUUUGCUUCAAUUCCUGAUAUUUUGGAGUUAGACCAUCUUACAGUAUCUGGAGAUGUUACUUUUGGUCGCAAUGUGUCAUUAAAAGGAACUGUUAUUAUUAUUGCAAAUCAUGGUGAUCGAAUUGAUAUCCCAUCCAAUGCUACAUUAGAAAACAAGAUUGUAUCUGGUAAUCUAAGAAUUUUAGAUCAUUAAACACAAAUUGUUUAGAUUUUUAACUUAUUUUAGAAUAUUUAAAAUAGAAAAAAUUUUAUUUUAAAUGUUUAGUAUUAUUUAGUUCUUUGUUUUAUUUAUUUUUAUUUCAUAAUAAUGAAUUACGUAAAGUUUUAUUAUAAUACAAAUAAUUAUACUUGCCAUUCAUAUUAUGCAAAAAUAUU